GUCAACUAGGUAAAGCGACAUGUUUGGGUAUGCUAACAUUAUGAAGUCCAUUUUAAAGCUAUUCAUUGAUACAUUUUCGACAUGAGCAAAGAGCAUUUUCCAAACUCAGCAUGUAAUAAGGAUGCAACAGGGUCACUCAUAGAUGUACAGGUUUCCAUCACCUAGAUGUUGUGAAAUGGCUGCAGAUCAUGUGGCUGACAAAAGGGCAAGACUCCUGGCCUCCAGAACCAGGUGGAGUGACAGAACAGCUGUGCAGCCAUUCAUCAGCCCUAGUACAGCAGAAGAGCAUAAUCAAAAUAGUGUUCAGCAAUGGCUCCUCUCUCUCUGCGAGGAAGAUGCUAAACCAGAAAUUGUCCAGGAAGCUCCAGGUCAGCAUCUGAAGAAGAUAGGCAGUUCUGAAGAUGACUUAGCACUAGGCGUAGAAGCUUCUUUAUAUGGUAAACCUACUGCAAAGACUAUACAGGGAUAUCUGAGGUAUUUUGUCGCAAGACCUCCUCUGCCCAGGUGGAGUAGCCUGAUAUCUGCAUUCUCAAAUCAGUCUGAGUCAUUGAGUGUCAUGGAUGUGCUGAACCUCUGGCAGGAUGACCCAGAGGAACUUCUGCUGGACCUGGGCUUUGGAGUUGAGGAGCCUGACAUCACGGUGAGGAUCCCAGCCCGCUUUAUCAACCAUCAGUCCAAGGCCCGUGGCAUUGACAUCCAGCUCUUCCUGGAAGCACAGAAGAACCGCAUAGAUAUAGAGAAUCCAGACGUCAGAAAUCGGUUUAGACAGCUGGAGGUUUUACAGCAGGUUACUACAGCCUUUAGCUCUCUGGUCGGAGGCUCUGCUCAGGGUGCGGACAGACCUAUGGAGCCUCCCGUCUCGGCAGAAACCAGGGAGAGGAGGAGGCGGCUUGGCAUGCUCCUACGCAAGGCCUCCAAGAAGACCCUGAGCCAAUUGCCCUCAUCCCAAGACCAGCAGCCGCUCUCCCCUCCCAUGGUGGGGCCGGCCACCAGCCCAGACCUGCCUGCAGAUCCUCCGCUUGACAGGCGGUCCCCUAUGAAACGUGCCAAGCAGUGUCCUCCAGACAGUGCCAGCCUGAGCCCUCUGGCAGAGGAGCAGGGAUCUGUCCCAGAAGCAGCGGCUCCCACCACAUCCUUCCCGUUGCCUCAGAAGAAGAACAGCAAUCUUAAGGGAGGCAGAGAGGUGCAGAGCUUCGCCUCCCCCCUCACAUACACACAGAAGAGUCGCAGAGAGAUGGCAGAGUCUUUUGAGCUGGAAGAGAUCCAGAGCUUUGAUGAGGGAAGCAUAGCAGGCAGCCCUGAUCCCUCAGGAAGCGGACGAGCAUGCCUCCACCAGGUCAGCUCAUGUGUUGUGAGGACUAACAGUUGUCAGUCAGACAGCAGUGGAUUUCUGGAGGAGCCGUGUGUUCCUGCAGUCUUACAGCACCCCAGCCCUGGCCCUGACUCUGACCUCAUGAAGGUGCUCAGUGCCAUUUCAGGAGAUGGUACAGACAAUCAGCAGAGGAGUGUAGACCAGCAGGAGAUAGAGUUUAGCUCUUCAGAUCAGCAGAGCCCUGGGAGGCUGCUUAAACACACAGAUUCCUCUAUAACAGACUCUAAUACAGAUCCAGCAAUGGAACCUGCACCCAACGAGCCACUGAUGAGAGAAGGAGAGACUGCAGAGAGUCUUUUACAGGAGGAUGAUCAAACAGACUGUUUGGUAUAUAUGGAUGUUGUGCAGAAGGACAUUGCUCAUGAAGAUGUGGGGAAAAGCAAUUUAGCACAGGGGGACCCAGUGAGUUCACCUCCUGCUAUGGCAUUGGAAGGUGAUUCUCAGACAGAAAUACUGAAAUCAGACCAUACUGUGCUUAACAUGUGGUCAUCCACCACUCAUGAGGAUGCUAAUAUGGAAACAGAAAAUGUAGCGGAUCCUUCCACAGAGCCCACUGAGGUCAAUAAUGUGGGAUGGUGCUUGGGAUGCUCGGUCUCUGUGCAGAUGCAAACGGGCCUGGCCUCUGUCUCCCAGAGGUCCCUGAGAAAAGGCAUGAGUCACAACUCCUCUCUUGAUCACAUCCCCAUCAGCGAUGUCCAGCCUGAAAGAGAGGCGUCGUCCCUUAGGUCAGUGUCAUAUGGUGCUGUGGACAACCUCUCAAACCCCACCCACUGCACCACCCCUCCUCUACCCGAGCUGCCGGCACCACUGCCUCACAUGAGGCACUCCCAGGAGAGUCCGGAGGAGAUCCGAAGCUUCCGGCUGCGCUCGCCAGCCCAGGUCGGGGGUCUAUCAUAUGAGGAGGAUGAACUCUCGAAGGGGACACUUUGGGCAGGCUCACCAUGCUGCUGCUCCUGCGACCACAACUGCCGCUGCUGUUGCCAGAACUGGGCCCGGCCGCUGCAGAGUUCUGCCAGCCAGAACCGGCCACACAAAGCUGCCAGUCUGCCUUAUUCUUUGGAUGAAUUGGAGGACAUGAUGAGAUGCAUGAGGAGGUUCUGGAGGGUGCUGUCAGAGAUCGAGGAGAGGCUGGAGGAAGAGCAGGCAUCUGUGCUCAGCUCCAUGUCAGACGCAUACAGAGCAGAGGUGCGGGAGGUGCUGGAGCUGAGGGCAGCAGUUAAACAGGAAGCAGGGAUGUUGGAACAGCAGCUCACUGAUCUGGCCCAUGCCUAUGAUGAUAGCAUCAAAAUGAAGUUGAACAGACUACUGGAUGAGCAGUCCCACCUGUACUCUCAGCUGAGCAUUACUUCCUCAGACACACCCCUUACAGGCCACACCCCUACAAGAAGUGUGGGCAUUCAGUGCUGCCUGCUCCCUGUGAUGAACAACACACAGUCAUUCCUCUCUCAAGGACCUACCAAUGACACAAAUUAUGCCCAAGACAGUGGGUGGAGCCCCAACAGCAAGGGUGACAAGCUCGACUUUGUAGGAUUUAUCAAAAGUUUAAAGGAUUUAUCCAUUGGUAAUGAUUCACUGGAAUGAAUGAGUUCUUCAGUGUCAUGAGUGAUGAAGACUGUUGAAUCUUGGGCAACAUUAAUAGGGAGCAUCUGGGCUUCAAGCCCCCAAGAAAGGUGCUUUUCCCCAUUCUGACUCAGUCACUGGAAAUGUGAACAGAUUUCGAAAAACGCACACACAUGAACAGCUCUAAUAUUAUUAAUUGUAAAGGUAGUGCUAAAGUUAAGUGUAUGAGAAACAUGAGAUUACAUUUAAUGUAUUUGAUGCUUUGGUUUGGUUAUUUAGAACCACUCCACACACGCACACUUAAUUGAAGAGGAGGAAAUGCAUCUAACCCAAUGCUGUACUAGACAUCAAAACUCCCUUACUGUUUAAAGCUCCAAGUACUGUUUCUUCAUUGUAUGCAAACAAUGCAUGGGUUUUGAGUCUGGUAUCAAUGUUUUGCUGACAAAUUACAGAACGAAAGUGAAGUGGACUGCAAUGUUAUGUAGAAAAUUGCAGGUCAGACAUGACCUUUUCAGUGAAAUAAGUUAGAAGAUUUUGGUAACUUGCAUACUGUGCUCUUUUUUUUCUAGUUUGCUUGUCAUUUUGUCAUCUGCUUUUUUUUCUUUUUUUUUUCCCCUCUCAUGUCACUCAUGGCAGGUUCACUGAUCUGCACCCACGCCUCCCAUGACCCCACUGUCCCUGCUCUUUCUAAGGCAAUGGUCCACUCAUCUUAAUAUGCUGUAAUAAUAAUUCAAACUGUUGAAAUAGAUUAAUUAGCGACCCUUUGAUAUUCAUACACAACACAUAAUAAGGGCUCCUAUCACCGUGACAACUACUAUUGGAGAAGGAGUUGGUACAUGCCCCUCCUCUCUGGUACAUAACCCCUACAUCUUUGAUGUAGACUUUCGGUCUUUCCUAGGCCUAUCCUUGCACUGCUGUGGUAAGUGUUGCAUCCUCUAUAUCUCCUCUUGCUUUCCACUCAUUUUAGACCAUUUUGGUGUAUUUAAACAUUAAACAAGAU